UCCCUCCCCUCACCCUCCCCCCUCCUAACCCCCUGCUGGUGCUCCCGCCAGUUUCACUCUUGCUUACCGCCACCCCGUCAUCACCAUGACGACGACUUUGCAGACGCUGCUGGCCUCGAAGUUGGCCCCGCCCUCCCAGGACGUGGGCUCCGAGCGAUUGGACGGCUGUGAGGAUGGAGGGCGGCGCUACGAGGUCGUGCCCUCCGUGGUCUGCUCCAUGUGCUGCCUCUUCGGCAUCAUCUACUGCUUCUUUGGCUACCGGUGCUUCAAGGCGGUGAUGUUCCUGACGGGUCUGAUGUUCGGCUCGGUGAUCAUCUUCAUGCUGUGCUACAAGGAGCGCGUGCUGGACACGCAGCUGAGCGUGGAGGCGUCCGUGGGCAUCGGCCUGGGCAUCGGGACGCUGUGCGGCCUGGUCACCAUGCUGGUGCGGAGCGUGGGGCUCUUCAUGGUGGGCCUGCUGCUGGGGCUGCUGGCGGGCGUGGGCACGCUGGUGGGCAUGGAGGAGCUGUCGGCGGCGCCACCCCGCACCGUGUGGGUGCCCCUGGGCGUGCUCCUGGGGCUGGGCAUGCUGUUCGCCGUCCUCACCCUCCAGUGGCAGCGCUGCUUCGUCACGCUCUCCACCGCCGUCUUCGGCGCGGCCGUCAUCGCCGUGGCCGUGGACUACUUCGUGGAGGUGCUGGCGCUGGUGCGGUACGUGCUGGAGCGGGUCGCGGCCACGCCCAGGACCAGGCCCGUGUGUUGGGUCACCUGGGUGGUGCUGGGGGUCUGGCCCGCCCUCGCGCUCCUUGGGGUGCUGAUCCAGUGGAGGGUGACGGCCGAAGGAUACUCACACACUAAAGUGGUGAUCAGCAGGCAGCAGCGGCGUGUCCAGCUCAUGCGUAUCCGUCAGAAGGAGGAGCGGCGUGAGGGCGGGCGCAAGAAGAAGAAGAAGCCGACCAAUCACAGCGCUCCGCACACACACCCGCCCAAAGCCAUGCACCCGGAGCCCGCCUACCGCCGCAAGCCACAGCCCAUACGCCGCUACGACGGGGACGUGCUCUCGCCCAGUUACAUCCAGAGUUUCCGUGAGCGCCAGGUGGAGGCGCGUGCGUACCCAGGGGGCAGGCUGUCAUCCGGGGGGGGGCACACCUCCGUGGACGUGGGCUACGACUGCGGCUCCACAGUACCCCUCACCUCCACCGCCGGGCCCUCCAACCUGCGCGUCUGACCCCUGACCUUUCAACUUUGACCUCUGGGGUCAUGCCUGCAUCAGAGUCGCAUGGGGCUGGGGCUGGGGCAGCUGACUGGCUGUUUGUGCACUUUGUGAGUGUGAGUGUGUGUGUGUGCUUGUGUGUGUGUGUGUGUGAGUGUGAGUGUGUGUGUGUGAGAGUGUGUGUGCUUGUGUGUGUGAGAGUGUAAACACAUCCACUGGAUCAGGGAUGCUCAGAGCAGGGUUUAAGGCUUUCACUUAAAUAAAAUAGCACACACACACAUACACAGUGAUACACACACACACACACACACACACACACACACAAACACACAAACA